AUGAACUUUGACAAUACGGUUCAUGAAUCAAACUUUGAUGAUCUCCUGCAUAACCCAAAUUUUCCGCCGCAAUUUGACCAGCUAGAGUUGGACAGCCUACUUUACGGGACCGACGAAUCACAAGAAUCGACCUCUUCCUCUUCGUUUGGUUUCAGUGAUCAGAAUGCUGGAUUUCGCUCAAGAGACGGCGGGAGUUUAGGAGAUUCUUCGUCGGAUAGCUCUCCACCGUUGAGUUGUGCAAACUUCACAGAAAAUGACCAGGAAAUGUGGGAUUUUGGCUUUCAAAGUCGCAGUCCAUUCGAGAAUUUUGAGCAACAAUUUGGCUCUCCAUAUCAGGACGACGAAGUGAUUGCCGAGCCCACCAAUGAAUUCAUGAACGCAAGAUACCUCAGAGAAGAACCGGCCAAGCAUUUGCCCAUGCAACAAAAACGAAUUAUCACAAUUCUCCCCAAACAGUCACAGCCUGUGAAACGUAUUGUCAGCAGACCAAUCCAGAAAGUAUACCGCGUCAAGGAAUCACCCGGCAGUCAGCAACAAACAUACCGAGUUGUUCAGCCCUUGAUGCCAUCUCCUUCACAAGCUACGCAACGCCAAAUCAAGCAAAUGUAUUACAAUGAGCCGGUUCAAGAAAUUCAUAUGCAACCAAAAAGUGGUCCGCUGGUUCGACAAGUGUCCGAAGAGCCAAGAUACGUUCCAAUUGCUCCGACAGUAGAUAUCAAAGCAGAACCACAAGUUUUUACUUCCGAGCAAAAUCGAAAAAUUCGGAACCGAAUGUACGCCCAAGCCUCUCGCAUGCGCAAGAAGGAAGCCGAUGAACAUAUGAAAAUGAACCUUCAGGAACUGCUUCAAGAAAACGAGAUUCUAAGAACUGAGAAUGCCGCUUUGAAGCAACGCCUUGCGUUUUUUGAACACGAAGAGCCAGUUGUCGAAGUUCCACAACCCUUUGGAAGAAAUCAGAAGAAAAAAAGAAUUAUUGCUGCUGGUUCAGUACUAAUGAUGUUCGGACUUUUUGCAGUCAUCUCUCCAUUUAAUGUCGAUAACAAUUUGAAUAUAAACAAUCAAAUCAUGGCAAUUUCCAACGAAACUUCUAUGGUUGCUCGCCACGGAAGAGUCAUCACGUAUGAAGAUAGUGCUCCUGUUGCAAAAAUUCCUACUCAACAACCAAUCCACAACUAUCCGAACUCCACUCAAAAUGAUUGUGAUAUGUACAAACUAAACGCCACAGAGACAAUAAGAGUAAACAACGACAUUGAGCGCUGGGUACAAGUACAUUCAUUUGAUAAUGUUCCAAUGAAGUUUUCGGGAGGACUAUUAAAUAAGGAAGCAAUGCGAAAGUUCAACUACGCACAGAAAGUAAAACCAGCCUCAGUUUAUGGACCACAGACAUUGGCGGUUCAAAAGAAAUCAGAGCAAGCGGCGCUCAGAUCUCGGGAACGUACAUGGAAGCAGUUGGAUCUACUGAAGACCGGAAACAAUAUUCAACUGGAUAACGAGAAAAUUCAACGUAAACGACAAGAUAUUGACAAAAUCGCUUCAAUUGUUCGCCAAAAGGGAGAUACACUGUACAUUAUGACACUUCAAGACUACGUGCUUCUGCCUUCAUUGAUUAAAGGAGCAAACUCGGUUCCCAAACUAUCGUUGCUCCUGCCUAGUGUUCCAAUGAAUGGAACUCUCCAAGAUCAGUAUACUCUUCUUCGAGUUGAUUGUGAAGUGACAGGGACUGGCCAAUUGACACUUUCCAACAAGCAACUUUCAUAUUUGAUGCCGUGAUACUGAUAUUGAUCAACAACUACGCUUAUUAUAUUCCCACUUUUCUCAAUUUCCGUGCCUUUUUUAUUCACCCACUUUACCUUUCUUCUUUUGAUUCGUUUUUAUCAAUCUUUUAUGUUAAAUAUUCAUUAUGCAUUUCUGAAAUCGCCGGUCACCGAUCAACCUCUUUUUGUUGUACCCGUUUUCGCUGCGUCUCUCACUUUACAUCAAUCAUAUUCCGGUCUUUUUCGAUUGUCUUUAUUUCUCUCAAACUCUCUUAUCUCAGUCUUAUUCCUAUUCCAACACAUAUGUAUUGUAUAUUAAUUACCAUUCGUUUUCUCAUCAUUUUACCAGUUUUUCAGAAUUUUAUCAACCACAAAACUCCAUACAAAAUAUGCCAGUCAUUGUCUCACCAAGUUCUAGUUGAAAUCACCCAAUUCUCAUAACAUAGUCAUUCAGUUACACCACCAUUGAUGAUAUUCAUCUUUCAUGAUAUGUUUUAUUUUGAAAGUCACUUUAUUAAUCUCGGGGUCUUAAUUUAUAUAGUUUGAUGUUCCUUUUUCUAUUCAAAUUCUAAUUAUAAGUGCCUAAUUAUCUGGGAUUUUUGCAUUUUUCUUGUCAAUAAUUAUCUAAAUGAAGGGUUCAAAAUAUUA